GCGGCGGCGGGGACGGGCCGGGCUGGGACGGGCGGAGCGUCCUGAGGCUCCCGAGGCUCCCGCCGCCCCCGCUCCAGGUCCCGCCGCCCGCGCACCGGCUCCCCGCCGCCACCGGGCCAACGCACCGGCACCAUGUCGGUGGCGGGGCUGAAGAAGCAGUUCUACAAAGCGACCCAGCUGGUCAGCGAGAAGGUCGGAGGGGCCGAAGGGACCAAGUUAGAUGAUGACUUCAAGGAGAUGGAAAAGAAAGUGGACGUGACCAGCAAGGCUGUCACAGAAGUACUGACCAGAACCAUAGAGUACCUCCAGCCCAACCCAGCUUCCAGAGCCAAGCUCACCAUGCUCAACACGAUGUCCAAGAUCCGCGGGCAGGUGAAGAACCCCGGCUACCCCCAGUCCGAGGGGCUGCUGGGGGAGUGCAUGAUCCGCUAUGGGAAGGAGCUGGGAGAGGAUUCCAACUUCGGGGACGCGCUCCUCGACGCCGGCGAAUCCAUGAAGCGCCUGGCGGAGGUGAAGGACUCGCUGGACAUCGAGGUCAAACAGAACUUCAUUGAUCCCCUGCAGAACCUGUGUGACAAGGACCUGAAAGAGAUCCAGCACCACCUCAAGAAGCUGGAGGGGAGGCGCCUGGACUUCGACUACAAGAAGAAGCGGCAGGGCAAGAUCCCCGAUGAGGAGCUGAGGCAGGCCAUGGAGAAGUUUGAGGAGUCCAAGGAAGUGGCAGAGACCAGCAUGCACAACCUCCUGGAGACAGAUAUCGAGCAGGUGAGCCAGCUGUCAGCCCUGGUGGACGCCCAGCUGGAUUACCACAGGCAGGCCGUGCAGAUCCUGGACGAGCUGGCCGAGAAGCUCAAGCGCAGGAUGAGGGAGGCCUCCUCACGUCCCAAGAGGGAAUACAAACCCAAGCCCAGGGAGACGUACGACUUCAGGGAGCCCGACCAGUCCAACGGGGGCUUCUCCUGCAACCCCACCCCCAAAGUCUCAGCUUCGGCCUCUUUCCGGUCGGACAAGCCGUCCCGGGCCUCCGUCAGGAGUAUCCCCCCCCUGGACCAGCCCUGCUGCAAAGCCCUCUACGACUUCGAGCCCGAGAACGACGGCGAGCUGGGCUUCAAGGAGGGCGACAUCAUCACCCUGACGAACCAGAUCGACGAGAACUGGUACGAGGGGAUGAUCCACGGCCAGUCCGGCUUCUUCCCGCUCAACUACGUGGAAGUGCUGGUCCCGCUACCUCAGUGAAUCGGCGCCGCUCCGCCCCGAGUGU